AUGUCUCUCUGGGAAAAGCAAAAUGGAGAAAAUCAAACCAUGAUCAUGGAAUUCAUUCUUCUGGCAUUCAGGGGCAGUCAAGAUUUACAGAUUCCUCUUCUGUUGCUGUUUUCAGUGAUUUACAUUGUGACCAUCAGUGGAAACCUUCUCAUCGUUCUGCUUGUGGCUGAUAAGCACCUCCACAGACCCAUGUAUUACUUUCUGGGCAAUCUAUCUUGCCUGGAGACCAUCUACAGCUCAACCAUCCUGCCCAGGAUGCUGUACAGUCUCUCGACAGGAGAUAGAUCUAUUUCAUUAACUGGUUGCAUCACACAGUUUUACAUUUUUGGCAUAUUGGUUGCCACAGAGUGUUUCCUCCUGGCUGCAAUGUCCUAUGAUCGUUAUCUUGCCAUAUGCAAGCCAUUGCGCUAUGCUACCUAUACGAAUGAGGGAUUGUUUGUCCAGCUGGCAGCUGGAUCCUGGGUGGCUGGGAGCUUGGCCAUCACCAUAACAUCAUCUUUAAUGUCACAGUUGGUCUUUUGUGGCACAAACGAGAUUUACCACUUCUUUUGUGAUCUUGACCCAGUGAUAAAUCUGUCCUGCAGUGACACCAGAAUCAUAGAUGCCUUGGUUUUUAUGCUGUCAUCACUGUGUGCCUUUCCACCUUUCCUCUUGACCUUGGUAUCCUGUGUUUGCAUCAUCACCUCUGUCCUGAGAAUUUCAUCAACCUCUGGAAGGCAGCAAGUUUUCUCUACCUGUUCCUGUCACCUCAUAGUGGUGACCAUGUUUUAUGGAACCCUGGUUAUCGUCUAUGUCCUACCAAAAUCAAGGCCCCUGAAAGACCUAAAUAAAGUCUUUUCUUUUUUGUAUACCAUAUUAACUCCUCUUGUCAACCCUCUCAUAUACAGCCUAAGAAACAAAGAUGUGAAUGAGGCUGUGAAGAAUGUUGCCAGAAAGCCUGCAGUUCCUACAAGGAGCUAG